GGCCAGACAUGGCGGAAGCGGGAAAAGUGCCUGCGAGCCUCGGGGUUCCAGGAGGAGACGCGGUUCAGUGGCCUUUGCAGCGCUAUGGCCGCUUCAUGCUCUCGGAGGCCAGAGAGCUGUCUGAGUCUGGCCCUAAAGCUGGGGCAGUGCCCUCACCUACGUGGAAGGUUUUUGAUUCCAGUGAAGAAUCCGGAUAUCUUGUUCUCACCAUAGUUAUAUCAGGCCACUUCUUCAUUUCCCAAGGACAGACACUACUGGAAGGGUUUUCACUCAUUGGUAGCAAGAACUGGUUGAAGAUUGUAAGACGCAUGGACUGUCUGUUGUUUGGAGCAACGAUAAAGAACAAAAGCCGCAUGUUCCGCAUACAGUUUGGCGGAGAAUCAAAGGAGCAGGCCCUGGAGCACUGCUGCAGCUGUGUGCAAAGUUUGGCCCGCUACACAACCGUCGAGGUGCCAGACAGUAUCACCCGGCUGAGUCCUGGCCUGCUGUGGGCAGGUGACCACCAAGGGAGGGACUGUGCGAAGAGCAUCCCGCUGCAGCCUGGGCAUCUGUACCAGUGGGAUGACAGCACUGAGCAAAGCUGUUGUAAGACCAAGCAGUGCCCCACACCACCAGCUGUAAUCUCUCACCAGUCACUUGCAGCAGAACAAACUGCCAGGGCAGAAGGCCCCGGCAUCCUGCAGGACAGUGACAGCGCCUAAGUGGUGCUUAUGCUGGGAGCUGAACUGGCCUCUCCUCUCACGGACGCCACAGUGGACACAUUGGGGUCAUUCAGAUGGGUGUCUGGUGAACAUGUUCCCCCAAAUGAAAGACAUGAGCCUCUCACUUCCAGAUAACAACAGAGAGUAAGCUUUCAAGUGGAGUCUGAACCACGAGCUUUGCACCUUCCUUACCCAGAACACUGUUGAGGUUGCUUGAUGAAUUUGACUCACUUAAUAUAAACAAAUGAAUGACACGAGGCAAUGCAAUGUGUCAAUGUUUGGAAGAUAGGUAUCGUUCAUUGAGCCAGUAUUUUCCAGAUGACUGAUGCAUGCUGCUACAAAACUGUGAAUAAAGCUAUUUCAAGUGCAAGAUAGGCCAGUGGAUUUUAAUGUAACACAGUGUUUCAGAUUCAUUACCAUGGUUUCAGAUUCUGUGUUGCAACUAACCUUGGAGCAGCUACCACUUAUUAUGUUCUGGUGUCAUGUCAAGAAUACCUGCAAUUAUCUGAAAAGCCUGUUGUAAAUUAUUCCUCCUUUUCCAUCUUCAUAUAUGUGUAAAAGCAGAUUUUCUUCAUGGACUUCAGCCAAAACAACUUGUAACAGCAGGUUGAAUGAAGAGGCAGGUGUAAGAAUCCAGUGACCUUCCAGUGAUAGAUAUGCAGGAG